GUAUUGAGCUUUGCACAGCAGCCUUUCCCUUGCCAGUUACAUUCAAAACAGCAAGCUUUUUUUUUUUUUUAAUACAAGUUGGUGGGGGUGGGGAGAGAAAAAAGGAACUGGGAAAAGAAGGAGAGGGGAAGUUGAACCUUCCCUCUCUCCCUGUCUUCCUCAGAAAACCAAACAUGGCAUCUUCCAUGAGGAGCUUGUUUUCAGAUCACAGCAGAUAUGUUGAAUCUUUUCGGAGGUUUCUCAAUAAUUCCACGGAACACCAGUGCAUGCAGGAAUUCCUGGACAAGAAGCUGCCAGGCAUAAUAGCAAGGAUUGGAGACAAAAAAUCAGAAAUUAAGAUUCUAAGCAUUGGUGGAGGUGCAGGUGAAAUUGAUCUUCAAAUUCUCUCCAAAGUGCAGGAUCAAUUCCCAGGAGUUCAUAUUAACAAUGAAGUUGUUGAACCAAGUGCUGAACAAAUUGCCAAGUACAAAGAGUUUGUAGCCAAGUCAUCAAACCUUGAGAACAUAAAGUUUGCUUGGCAUAAGGAGACAUCAUCUGAAUAUGAAAAUAGAGUGAUGGAGAAUAAAGAACUUCAGAAGUGGGACUUUAUUCAUAUGAUUCAGAUGCUGUAUUAUGUAAAAGACAUCCCAGCUACCCUGAAGUUCUUCCACAGUCUCUUAGCUCCCAGUGCUAAGAUUCUUAUUGUUCUUGUGUCAGGAACCAGUGCCUGGGACAAGCUAUGGAGAAAGUAUGGAUCCCGCUUACCCCGGGAUGACCUCUGCCAGUACAUCACAUCCACGGAUGUCACUCAGAUGCUAGACAAGUUGGAGAUUAAGUAUGAGUGUUACGACCUUCUGUCCACCAUGGAUAUAUCUGACUGUUUUAUUGAUGGCAAUGAAAAUGGAGACCUACUUUGGGAUUUUUUGACAGAAACCUGCAACUUUAGUACCACAGCCCCACCUGAUCUCAAAGCAGAAAUUGUAAAAGAUCUGCAAGAGCCUCAAUUCAGUGUAAGAAAAGAUGGGAAGGUUCUUUUUAAUAACAGUCUGAGUUUCAUAGUGGUUGAGGCAUAAAUAUCAAUCAUGAGAAGAAUGUAUUCAAAAAUUAUAUUUUAAACAAUGUGGAUCAUUUAUGUCUGUAUUAAGAUUACAAAUACAUCUCAUAAUAUAAAUAGAGUGUUGUCUCAUAUGUAAAAACUAGAAAAUCCCAAGACAUUCUUGGACUUUCACGUACAACCAUAUAUGAAAUUGCUGGCCUUAUCCCAUAUCUUCUCCAGUAAAGAGGCUACCUGCAGGCUAAAAACCACAAAUGCUGGAAAAAUGAGACAACUAAAUUUUACUGUCAUGUUGACAAUAAAAUCCUUUCCAUUUAUUGAUUGUACUGGAUUUUCCUAGAACAUCAUUAAAGUAUAUACUAUGGGUUCUUUAAAUAAUAGUAAA